AUGUACUUCUUUCUUUCCCACCUUUCUUUUUGUGACAUCAUGAUCAGUACAAAUGUGAGUCCAAAUGCCCUACAAGUCAUUCUUAUAGGCCUAUGUCACAUACCAGCUUUAUCGUGUCAUGCACAGUUAUAUUUCUUUGGUGCCACUGUUAUUACAGAGUGUUGUCUACUGUCAGUAAUGUCAUACGAUCGAUAUUUGGCCAUCUGUGACCCUCUGCACUACUCCUCUAUUAUGAAGCACCCUCUUCCUCAGUUCUUGGCUUCAUUAUGCUGGAUUGUUGGUUUUACUCUUUCAAUGAUUACACAAGUUCUCAUACUUGAAUUGGACUUUUGUGGUCCAAAUGUUAUUGACCACUUUUUCUGUGACCUUGCCCCUGUUUUAGAGCUUGCCUGCUCUGACACCAAAAAAGUUGAAAUUCAUGUUUCUAUUACCGUCUUUAUUAUUGGCAUAUCUCAGUUUCUCUUUGUUGUUGUUACAUAUAUUUGUAUCUUUACCUCCAUUCUCCAAAUGUCUUCUGUCUCUGGCCAACAGAAGACCUUCUCUACAUGUAGCUCCCAUUUGGCAGUGGUGUCUACUUUUUAUGGGACUCUUAUAACACUUUAUAUGGCACCGACAAGAGGAUAUUCACUGAACCUAAACAAAGCUUUAUCUCUUCUCAACACUGUCAUAACACCACUGUUUAAACCGAUUAUUUACAGCCUACGGAAUACAGAAAUAAGGAAUGCUGUGCACAAACUUUUCUUAAGCAGAAACUCAGCUGCACAGAAAUAA